AUGUCGACCGCUACCACCGUCACCAAGACCAACAUCGGUGUCUACACCAACCCCCAGCAUGACCUGUGGAUUGCGGAGGCGGAGCCCAAGGCGGAAGAUGUUCAGAGCGGCAAGAGUCUCAAGCCCGGCGAGGUGACCAUUGAGGUGCGCAGCACUGGUAUUUGCGGAUCGGACGUUCACUUUUGGCACGCCGGCUGCAUCGGCCCCAUGAUCGUGACGGGCGACCACAUCCUCGGCCACGAGUCUGCCGGUCAGAUUGUCGCGGUCGCUUCCGACGUCACCUCUUUGAAGCCCGGAGACCGAGUCGCCAUUGAGCCCAACGUGAUCUGCAACGAAUGUGAGCCUUGCUUGACGGGACGAUACAACGGCUGCGAGCGAGUCGCCUUCCUGUCCACCCCACCCGUGGACGGCCUCCUCCGCCGCUAUGUCAACCACCCCGCCAUCUGGUGCCACAAGAUCGGCGACAUGAGCUAUGAGGAUGGUGCUUUGCUGGAGCCUCUGAGUGUGGCCUUGGCCGCCAUCGAGCGCAGCGGGCUGCGCUUGGGUGACGCCACCCUCAUCACCGGUGCCGGUCCCAUCGGUCUGAUUUCCCUGCUCAGUGCCCGCGCCGCCGGUGCCUGCCCCAUCGUCAUCACCGACAUUGACGAGGGUCGUCUGGCCUUUGCCAAGUCUCUGGUUCCUGAAGUCCGCACCUACAAGGUUCAGAUCGGCCUCUCCGCCGAGGAGUCCGCGGCGGGAAUCAUCAAUGCCCUCAACGACGGCAACGGCUCCGGCCCCGAUGCGCUGCGGCCCCGUCUGUGCCUGGAGUGUACCGGUGUGGAGAGCAGUGUCAACUCCGCCAUCUGGAGCAUGAAGUUCGGUGGCAAGGUGUUUGUGAUCGGUGUGGGCAAAAACGAGAUGACCAUUCCCUUCAUGCGUCUGAGCACCCAGGAGAUCGACCUGCAGUACCAGUACCGCUACUGCAACACCUGGCCGCGUGCCAUCCGUCUGGUGCAAAACGGAGUGAUUGAUCUGCACAAGCUGGUCACCCACCGCUUUGCCCUGGAGGAUGCGCUCAAGGCCUUUGAGACCGCGGCAAACCCCAAGACUGGCGCGAUCAAGGUGCAGAUCAUGAGCUCCGAGGAGGACGUCAAGGCGGCCUCGGCUGGUCAGAAGAUUUGA